CAUUCUUUCUUUUCUCAGUCUUCUGUUAACUUUUGAGUGAAGCACAAAGUAGGGUUGAGUCUGCAAUCAAUUCUAAUUAUGCCUGGAUCUGAAAUAUUUACUGGAAACUUUCAGGAUUCUUACCAACCAUAUGGAUAUAUGAUGAUGCACUGAAAAAAAAGGAUUUUUGUCCCACUUUAUGUUUGACCUUUAGAUGCGCAUAUGGUGCAAUGCCGCCAUUUUUCUCAAUUUGUUAUCUGUAACCCUCCUACUCUAUUUUUGUGAGGGUGCAUAUGAUCUAAAUUACCAGUAUCUAAUAUUUUCUAAAUAGAGGCAAUUUCAGCAAAGCUGAAGAACCGUUUUAGUGAGAACCUCUGGAAGGCCAUGACUUGCGGAUUAUAACAAUUGCUGGCCUUCUGGGUUUUUUGUCUUGAGUCUAUCGUUGAUUGAUUGUUUGGUACUGCAAGGAGCAAUCAUGAGUUCUGAAGGUAUUCCUUUGAAAUCCGAGGUCAUGAACUGGAAUCCUUCCAUUCUGGCUGGAUUUUUUGCAAAAAGGCGGGAUCUGCAAGGCUGUGAUAAAGUUAUCAUGAAGAACAACAUAAAUGGUCAGAGAUUCUUGAACAUGUCAGAAAAUGACUUGCAGAAAUUUCCAAAACUGUCUGUGCCACUCAUCUCUAAAAUCAGUCGUGAAAUCAACAUGAAUGUGGGCAAGAGGGGAAUCUUUCCAAAAAGACCAGGGGCGACAAAGUUUGAACAAGAAUUUGUGCAACCUGUAGGGUGGGAUGAAGAUGAAUUUGAUAGCGAUGACGACUAUGAAUCCCCAAACUCAGAAGAAGAUGGUGAUGAUGACUAUGAGUCGCCCACAGAUGGACCAGAGGACCAAGAACAUGCUGACAGUGACUAUGAACCACCCCCGUCAGAAAAGAAUGAGACGAUACAUCCAAUAUGUGCUGCAAAGCCCAUUCCAGAUAGCGACUAUAUUGACGACACUCGUCCUCGGAAUACAGGACGCCCUCCCGUGCCUCCAGAGCGUCCAGGACCCGGUCCUGCUCUGCCUUUUCCUCGUCCAACCGUACGUCCAAAGGCAGACCAGUCCCCCCAGAGACCUGUUUCUAGACCCCAGAACAAGAUGCCCCCUGGUCCAGCUGCUCCUCGCGUGGAUCGCAGUAAAAAGCCUUCGACUUUGGAGCGUGUGGCUCCAUCAGGAAGGAGGCCUCCUGUUCCUGAUAAGGAUGCAUUUAGCAAACCUCCACUCCCAGGACUAGGUGUGCAGAGGAGUGUUUCAGCUGCGGGUAGAAGCUUCCCAUUAAGUCGAGUUGGAGGGGGUGCGGAGAUUUCAGAACCACCUAGACCAUUUGGUGCCAACACAUUUCCCCUGCCUAGGAACCCCUCUCCUCGUCCUUCGCCACCCGGACCUCCUGGUGACAGGCCAUCUUCUGGUGGUUCUGGUGGGAGCAACUCUCUACCCUCCCAAGGCAAACAUUCAAGGAUAGGCAACCCAAUGAGACCUCACGAUUCAGGCCAGGAUAUGGACCCGGCAUGGUAUCUAGGUCAGGUAACUCGUGGGCAAGCAGAGAAUAAAUUGCGGUCGAUAAACAUGGAUGGUGCCUAUCUUGUGAGGGACAGCUCCAAGGGUACAGCCGCCCAGCCGUACACCCUCAUGGUGCUCUACCAGGACAAAGUCUACAACAUACAGAUUCGCUAUGAUGCUCAGCAACAGUCUUUCCUGCUGGGAACAGGCCUAAAAGCUACAGAGAGGUUUCCAACUGUCAGGAACAUCAUUGAGAACUACAGUCAGAUGCCGCUGCUUCUGAUUGAUGCAAAGAACCGUGGCUCAGGACAACAAAAUCAGUGCCCUCUACUUCAUCCUGCAGGACACUGAUUCUACCCGGACCAAAAGAGCACUCAAGAAUAAUGAGAACUGAACAAUACAUCUUUUUACAAGCAGCCAGUUAUACAGUAUUCCAAAAAAAGAGUCCACAGCAGUUAUUCAUGUUAAGUCAUACUUUAUGGUCUAUUGGAUGGUUUUACAGUUCCACUCAAAUUAUGCUGAAAUAGGGGUCUUACAGACACACGAUACCCUUUUGCUUGACCCUUGUGGAUUUUAUGGUGGACAAUGGACAUCACCGCUGAAAUCAAAUCGCUCAAGAUGACCAUAGCACUGAAUGGCUAAUGCAGGUUCAAGCCAUAGGUGGAUUGCCAUUUCAGAAAACUCAGCAGUUUCAGUCAAAGCGCAAUUUGGAUUUAUGUUUUUUAAAGACCCGUUAUGUAUCAGUGUUAACCUUUUUGAGAAGAUGAUGAGAUUUAUGUAAUUCUUCGUUCUCAAAGUUUGUGUGAAGUACUGAAGCAUUGCAUAUCCCUCUACUGUAGUAAAGACUGAGUGUUGUACUAAUUUUAAUUUGACUUUAGGUAUGUUUGUGUAUUUGUAGCAUAGGCUACUGAGAGCAAAAAAAUCACAAUGUUGUCAUAUGUUAAUUCUGGUAAAUAUUUAAACUUGCCUGGUUACCAAUUUAUUUGACAAAAGCAGCCUACAAUAAAGUAUGACGGUUACAAUAGAGUAUCA